AAAAAAUCAAACGUGAGAUAGCAUUUUGGUGGAAUCGAAAAGCGCCCUCUGCAAAUUGUUUUCGUCACGUUUUCGAAUUUCUAAACUACGAUCGUAAGAGUUAUGUGAGUGUUAAAUAUGGAAAAAUCAUUUCCUUUGCUGAUCUAAAUCCCAAGGUUUGUAUGUAAAAAAUGGACAAGCUGUUUAAAGGAAUUGUCAAGUCGAAUAAUCCCCAAGUAUUAAAGCAGCAGCUCAUAGAAUGUUUAUUGAUUCGCACAUGUCAUCAGAGUAUUCCUCCAAGAGAUUGUUUUCACUUAUUGAAGUAUGCCUGGGAAACUGCCCUUUAUGGUGAAACAGAAUUUAUCAGAAAUUGUGGAUUGAAGGUUUAUGAAUCCUGGUCAUCUAAUAACAAAGAUGCUCUAAUUGAACUGUUUAAUAGUCUAAAUCUUAACCAAUAUUUUGAGGAUGUGGCUCUUCACCAUAAAGAUAUGUUACUUAAACUUAUAAAAAUUUCUCUAGAGGAACUUCAGGAUUCGACAAUAUUUUCCAAACUGUGCAUUGCACUUCAAAACAAUUGCAAUAACUGUUUGAAAGGGAGCAGUAACAUUGAGAUAUUGAAAUCUUUGAUUGCUUUAUUUAAAACGUUUCCUCAGUGUAUGCCUAGUGGAUCAUCGGGUGAUAAUCUUCUGGAAUCCAUCAUUCGAUAUAUUGCGUAUCUGCAGGUUAUCAAUGACUACAGCAUAAUACAAUUUAUCAUAGAUAUUGAUGCUAUUUCUGCUUUCCUACCAAGUAUUUGGAAAAAUAGUGAAACAUCCAUUAACAAAACAUUUAACACAAUUUCAAUGUUGUUAUCAUCCAAUGCUAACUGCUCACCAGCUCUAGCUUCUGUUAUUGAUGUUUUGCCACUACAUCUUGUCGAUCACAUUAAGAGUGUUGCUGGAUGUUGGAAAUCCAUAGAAAUUUUAAGAACUGCGGUGACUAGGAUGAUACAUUGGUUGAGCUGGCCGACUGCUAAAAAUAUAGACAGGUGGAUAUUGACUGUAUUAGUUGCAUUGGCAGAAAGCAAAAAGUAUCACACAUUGAUAGAGAUAUUUAAUGCAACUAUAGAUAUAGUUUUUACAAAAUUUCAAGCAGCUAUAUCGAAAAGAUCCCAUUUCAGGAUUUUGAAAUUUAUGCUUCUUUCUUAUCAACAUUCUCCAGCCAUUUUUCAUAAAAUAGCUAAACAAAUACCAGAAAUACUAACACAAAUAGAAGAAAAAAAUAAGCACUUCACUGAUGAUAUUAUUGAAGAAAUGGUUGAAUUAUUCCAUACAGUUAUGUAUUUGCAUGCUGGUUUUCCUGAUUUAUAUAAUCCUAUUAUAGAGAAAUUACAGAAAUAUAAAACUCCCUCUAAAGAAAAAAUGAAGCAGCUUCUAUCGGAAUAUAGAUGGGAAAAUCAAAUUAAGAAGAGAAAUAAAUCCGAAACUGGAAUGGUAGGAUUAGAUAAUAUCGGAAAUACGUGUUAUCUGAAUUGUAUUCUUCAGGCAUUAUAUAUGACAGAUUAUUUCAGAUAUUCAGUGUUAAAAGUGGCCCCAAAACCUCAGGAAACUAUAUUACUCAAAUUACAAGAAGUGUUUGCUUAUUUAAGUUUAACACAGAGACCAUCUUUCUCUCCAAAUCAUUUUCUGGAAAUAUCAAGACCAUCUUGGUUUAAAAUGGGAGAACAGCAAGACUGUGCUGAAUUUCUUCAUUUUCUUUUUGAUUUGCUUAUUGAACAGAACAAAUUUACUUGUCAGUCUCCGCAAUCAAGUGAAAGUCAAGAUAAUUCACUAAUUGAGGAUGUGUUCAGUGGCGUUUCAGAAACAACAUAUAUUUGUUCUUGUUGCAAUAAUUCAUCAGUUCAUUCCGAAAAGUUUACAUCACUACAUUUGGCAAUUCCAGAUGCAGAAGAAAAUAAAGAUUCUUCAGAUGAUAAAGAUGAAGUCAGAAUAGAACUUAGUGAUCUGAUAUUAAAUUAUCUAAAGCCCGAAAUUUUAGAAGGUGAAAAUAAAUAUUUUUGUGAUAACUGUAAAGAAUUACACACAGGAAAAAAACAGUCAAAAAUUAAAAAGUUUCCCACUUACCUUAUAAUAACACUUCUCAGAUUUUCAUACAAUCCCGUUCUUCAUAAAAAAACAAAAAUUAUCUCAAUAGUUAAUUAUCCGUAUGAACUGUUAUGGCCUUUGGAUGAAAAUAAUUGUAAAGUCUAUCAUUUGUAUGCUGUUGUCAUUCACUCAGGUACUUCAACAGAAAGAGGUCAUUAUUAUACAUAUGCAAGACAUUCGUCCUCAACUACUAAUGUGCCAGUCCAAGAGCAGAAAUGGUAUCUAUUCAACGACAGUCAUGUGUUUUUAACAUCUUACAAUUCUCUUGAAACCUUAGCACAACGAUUCCCAAAAGAUACGGCCUAUGUUUUAUUUUAUCAGGAAGCUCCCAAUGAGAGAACCUAUUGUAUUACUGAUGAGAAUGUUAAUAAUUUCAUUCAUUCAGAGCUGAAAGAACUUAUAUUUAAUGACAAUAUUAAAUAUUUAGAAGAACAAGAAGCAGAACGUUCCCUUGAACGAAUGAAACAUUCUCAAGAUUAUCUAAUGCUGUCCAAAAGAUUUCACAGGGAUUUUGAUGGUUCCCCUCCAUCCGGAGGUUGCGGUAGUUCUGGAUCAGAUAUGUCUUUUCCAAGAUUUGUAUAUUAGAAAUAUUUAUUUCAAGAAUAUUUGACACAAUUAUAAAAAAAAAACCAAAACAAUAUAAAGCUUAAUUUAAUAAUUUAUAUGUAGAUUUAAUAUUUGUUAAAACUAAAAGCAAUGUAAAUUAGUACAUAUAUACUGUACAUAGAUUAGAUCUUUAAAUUAUGGAGUCAAAAUCCAUCUGUAUAAAAUUACCAUUUGUUGCUGAAAUUUAUAAAUAUUUCAAAAUGACGUAAUAAUUUUAAAAGUAAUAAAGUAUUUUACACAAUCAAAAAAGAAAAAUUAUAAAUGUAUAUAUAUUUAAUACAUUUUUUUAUAAAUAAAUUAUGUUAGACAAGAACUCUGCUCAGUUCCAUUAACUAAAAUUAUAAUAGAUUUAACAUCUCGACUAAUUUUAAUAUAGUAGAUAUUUUUAUACGAUAUUUUUUAUCAAACAUCACGCUAAAUAUGAGGUGGGCGCUUGAAUUGAGUGCAAUCUUUAAAUAAGUUAUAAAAUAUUAAUUAGGGAUGCUACCAAUAGCAUUACUACAGUGUGAUCAUAUAGACCAAAAACCAAACUUUGUAUUAAGAAUGGAAAUCAAUGAGAUUUCAGGAAUUGUGCCUGCAUUUAUGUUGAACAUAUUGAUUGCUGAAAGUAAUAAUACAGGCAUAAAUUCGUCCCUUUUUCUUUAGAGAAACACUGAACACCAUUGCAGAUUUUCACAGAAUUUGCUGAAAAACUUAUGAUGAUGAACUGAGUAUUACUUCCAGUAAGAUGGAGUGACUUGCCAUACAUUACAGGAGUCAAUGGUUACAAUCCAGAGCAUUUUUGAGGAUCACGUCAUCUCCAAGAAUAUCUGGCCGCCACAGUUUUACAAACUUCUUUUUUGUUGCGGCUAUCUUAAGAAAAGAAUGUAGCAUAACUAACCCUGCACAGUUAGAGGAUAAUAUUGAGAACUAGAUCCAAAACAUUGAGAUACAUCGUGUGGCUGACAGAAGGCAGUGGCUACUUCCAAUACUUUCUGUGAUAUGAUGUGUUGUUCAACAUAAGUGGAGGUAUGCUUACAGAGCACCUCAUCAAUUUUCAUUAAAUUAAUUUGUUUAAGAUUUAUGAUAAAAAUGUGUGUUCAAGUCUAUAUGAAUCAUCCUGUAUUACUUGCAGAAAGAGAAUGAAAUGGUAUAAUUUACAGCAAAUUCAGAAAUUGUAUUUGGUGCAGCAUGUUCUACAGUAGAAAUAUUUUAAAAUGCUUCAUUAGAUAGAGAUAAACUAGUAUUGUAUUUACACUAAGCUUCCAAACAUCUCCGUUUAUCUAAGAUUUAA